AUGGUAACCGUGCUUCGCGCUCGUUACACGUCACGUGGUGACGCAGACGAAGCAGCCGUAGCAGAUGAUGGCGGCGAGGGGCAGACGACGGCAGCGACGCCUAGCGGCAGUGAGACGGAUCAGACGAUCAGGAACAGGCUCUAUCACUUCAUCGCAUCGCUGUACGGAGAACAGGCGACCCAAGGUGCGGAGAAUAUCGCUCACUACGGUCACCAGCUCACGGACCUCAUCCAGGAAUGCAACUGGGUUGGCAUGCCCUGCAACAUGACAACGGAUUGGGACCACUCACAACACCCGGUAUACGGCAACUGCUACACCUUCAACUCCGGGGAACACCAGCCCGUCAAGAUGAUAGGACGGACUGGAUCCUUACACGGUCUGUCGCUGACGCUCUACAUAGAGCAGGAUGAGUACAUCGGUCGGUACGCACAGUCGGCAGGCGUCGUGAUGUCCUUACAUCCAGCCAACACUCACGGCUUUCCCGAGCAGUACGGCAUCGACCUAGCUCCCGGCCUGGAAACCUCCGUCGGUCUACACGUGAAAAAGGUUUUUCGGCUCUCUCAUCCCUACGGCAACUGCUCACACGACGGACACAACGUGGAGUAUUUCAACUCUUUCCACAAUAUGCAAUACACGUUAGAGGUAAACCCGUAA